GCUGCUGGAGGCGGGAGGAAGCGGGGCCAGGCUGGGGCCUGACUAGCCGACGCUGCCGCCGCAGUCAUCACGGCUGCUAUGACCAGCGGGAGAGGCGCCCUGCGAAGCUCCGCGCAGCGCUAGUCGCGGCAGUGCGCCCGCCGUAUCCGUCCGGGUCCGCAGCGCGGCCGCUCGCGCGGCUCCCUCUGCUCUUCCUGCGCCGCCUGCUAGGCGAGGCGGAGGUAGUAUGAAGAUGACGGUGGAUUUCGAGGAGUGUCUGAGGGACUCACCCCGCUUCAGGGCUGCUUUGGAAGAAGUAGAAGGAGAUGUGGCAGAAUUGGAACUAAAGCUUGAUAAGCUUGUGAAGCUUUGUAUUGCAAUGAUUGAUACAGGGAAAGCCUUUUGUGUUGCAAAUAAACAAUUCAUGAAUGGGAUUCGAGACCUGGCACAGUAUUCUAGUGAAGAUGCUGUAGUUGAGACAAGUUUGACCAAGUUUUCUGACAGUCUUCAAGAGAUGAUAAAUUUUCACACAAUCCUGUUUGACCAAACUCAGAGAUCAAUUAAGGCACAGCUUCAAAAUUUUGUUAAAGAAGAUCUUAGAAAAUUCAAAGAUGCCAAGAAGCAAUUUGAAAAAGUCAGUGAAGAAAAAGAAAAUGCAUUAGUAAAAAAUGCUCAAGUACAAAGAAAUAAACAGCAUGAAGUUGAAGAAGCUACAAACAUUCUUACAGCAACAAGAAAAUGUUUUCGACACAUAGCCCUUGACUAUGUACUACAGAUUAAUGUCCUUCAAUCAAAAAGGAGAUCAGAAAUUCUAAAAUCAAUGUUAUCCUUUAUGUAUGCCCAUUUGACCUUUUUUCAUCAAGGAUAUGAUCUGUUUAGUGAACUUGGGCCCUACAUGAAGGAUCUUGGUGCACAGUUGGACCAUCUGGUUGUCGAUGCAGCAAAGGAGAAAAGAGAGAUGGAGCAAAAACAUUCUACCAUUCAGCAAAAGGCUGCAUUACAGGAUUUCUCCAGUGAUGAUUCUAAGUUAGAAUAUAAUGUAGAUACUACAAAUGGCAUUGUUAUGGAAGGAUAUCUGUUCAAACGAGCCAGCAAUGCCUUCAAAACUUGGAACAGACGCUGGUUUUCAAUACAGAACAAUCAGUUGGUUUACCAGAAAAAGUUUAAGGAUAACCCCACUGUGGUAGUAGAAGAUCUAAGGCUCUGCACAGUGAAACAUUGUGAAGACAUAGAAAGACGGUUCUGCUUUGAGGUGGUCUCUCCAACAAAAAGUUGUAUGCUUCAGGCAGACUCUGAAAAGCUGCGCCAGGCAUGGAUUAAGGCCGUUCAGACCAGUAUUGCUACUGCUUAUAGAGAGAAGGGUGAUGAAUCAGAGAAGCUGGAUAGGAAAUCAUCACCAUCCACAGGAAGCCUGGAUUCUGGAAAUGAGUCAAAAGAUAAAUUAUUGAAAGGGGAAAGUGCCCUGCAGCGAGUCCAGUGUAUCCCUGGCAAUGCCAGCUGUUGUGACUGUGGUCUGGCAGACCCACGGUGGGCCAGCAUCAACCUGGGCAUCACCCUGUGUAUUGAAUGCUCUGGGAUUCACCGGAGUCUUGGAGUUCACUUUUCAAAAGUUCGAUCUUUAACUUUAGACACUUGGGAGCCUGAACUUUUAAAGCUUAUGUGUGAGUUGGGGAAUGAUGUUAUAAAUAGAGUUUAUGAAGCUAAAGUGGAAAAAAUGGGGAUAAAGAAACCACAACCAGGACAAAGACAGGAGAAAGAGGCAUAUAUCAGAGCAAAAUAUGUGGAGAGAAAAUUUGUGGAUAAAUAUUCUAUGUUAUCAUCAACACCUGAGCAGGAAAAAAAGAUUGUCUCUAAAAGUUGUGAAGAAAAGAGGCUGAGCAUUUCUAAACUUGGGCCAAGUGACCAAGUCAGAGCAUCUUCUCUAAGUUCAGUGGUUGCUGUAAAUAGCGACGAGGCCAGGCGGGAGUCUCUGUUCUGUCCUGAUGAGCUAGAUUCACUCUUCUCCUACUUUGAUACUUCUUCAAAACUACGUAGUACAGUCAAAAGUAAUGACAGUGGAAUCCAGCAGAGCUGUGAUGAUGGAAGAGAAUCUUUACCGUCCACAGUGUCAGCCAAUAGUUUAUAUGAACCUGAGGGAGAAAGGCAAGAUUCUGUGUUUCUUGACUCUAAGCAUCUUAAUCCAGGACUUCAGCUUUACAGAGCUUCAUAUGAAAAAAAUCUUCCAAAAAUGGCCGAGGCUUUGGCUCAUGGUGCAGAUGUGAACUGGGCUAAUUCAGAGGAAAACAAAGCAACGCCACUUAUUCAGGCUGUGUUAGGGGGCUCUUUGGUGACGUGCGAGUUUCUCCUGCAGAAUGGUGCUAAUGUGAACCAAAGAGAUGUGCAAGGCCGGGGGCCACUGCACCAUGCCACUGUCUUGGGGCAUACUGGGCAGGUAUGUUUAUUCUUAAAACGAGGUGCCAAUCAACAUGCUACUGAUGAAGAAGGAAAAGACCCUUUGAGUAUAGCUGUGGAAGCAGCCAAUGCUGACAUAGUGACAUUGUUACGUUUAGCAAGAAUGAAUGAAGAGAUGCGGGAAUCAGAAGGACUUUAUGGACAGCCAGGUGAUGAAACUUACCAGGACAUUUUUCGUGAUUUUUCCCAAAUGGCAUCCAAUAAUCCAGAGAAACUAAAUCGUUUCCAGCAAGAUUCACAAAAAUUCUGAAUGUUUCUUAAGAAAGGGAAAAUACUAAAUUUGGUGAUACCUUUUGUGUGUACAUCUGAAAACUCAGAUUUUUACUGCUUUAAUUCUACUUUCUUAAGCUUGGUAGAUACUGUGUGGUUUAGAAAAAAGGUACCUAUUUGUUGAUAUUUUUAUAAAAUAAAAUAGAUUUCUAGUAGUUGGGAGAGGACCUUCUUUUAGAAUCUCUUUUAUUAAAAAUAACUUGUUUAAAAGGCUAUUGUAGCUAGACAUAGGCCCUCUGUAGAUUAGAAUAUGCUAAGAGUUUAGACAGUAUUUCUUCUUUUGCCAGUGGGUGGUAGCAUUGAAUUUUUUCCUAUCAUUCAGUCAAGUAUAUCUGCAUCAAGUGGAAGCCCCCUUCCUGCCUGCCUUAAGAGGAUAUCUUUUCUUUAACUCCCCUGGCCAUUUUUGGUGGUGCAGGAAGAUUUUGUGUUUUUAUUUUUUGUAUCUUAGCUAUUAAUAGACAUGAAAUUCAAUUGUUAGAAGUAGAGAGAGUGUUUCCUUAGUUAUGUUCCUUACAUGCCUGAUUGCAUGCACAUUUACAUAACAUACAGUGAUUGUAUAGGUAGGCGUCAUUCGGCCCUUUACAUUUGUUCCAUGUAUAGGAAGCAAAAAGAAGCCCUUUAAUUUUAAAGAAAAUCAAAAUAAUCUCAUUUAUAGAGGUUUUAGUUUUUUGUUGUUGGGCUGAUUUUCUAAAACCUUUACAGGCUUAUUGAUGUAAAUAAAAUGUUUCAAAGGUUACUUGAAUGUUGCAAACUUAUGCUUUCAUCAAAAUGUAACUUUCAAAGGAAGCCUUGAUUUAUAAAAUAAUGUAGAGCAUUUUUAUAUUUGAAAUUUAUUUCAAGAUACACUUUUAUAUUGUUCCUAGUGAAAGAAAAACCACUCUGUAAAAGGAGAAAAGAAAAUCCACAUUUUAGCUUCUACUAAAAUAUACAGCAAUAAAUUGCUUUUUAAUUUUUCCCAAUGUCCUGUGUACUUCUUGUGCACAGUGUAUAUAUAUUUUUAAAUUAUACAUAGCAUCUAUAUAGUUUUAUUACUUGGUUAUAGGAAUCACAGGCCCUUAAAUUGCAAAAUAUUAUAGAUACACUUUUUAAUCAUGAUAUACAACAAUUAAUCUGUCUCCAUCUUUGACAUAUCUUGUCAGGAGUAUAAAAUACUGAAGUAAUUUGCCUUACAGCUUCAUUCUAAUGUUAUCAACAAUUAAAUUUAAUCUUUUAAAGUUACAUACACAGUAUUAUUACUUCUCAGUUUCUAAAUAAAAGAGGCUUAAAA